AUGGGAUACGAAGAUUCUGUUUAUCUCGCAAAGCUUGCUGAGCAAGCCGAGCGAUAUGAGGAAAUGGUAGAGAACAUGAAGCAGGUAGCUUCCGAAGACCAAGAGCUUUCAGUCGAAGAAAGGAACCUACUCUCUGUGGCAUACAAAAACGUUAUCGGUGCCCGUCGUGCUUCAUGGAGAAUUGUCACAUCUAUUGAACAGAAAGAGGAAUCUAAGGGAAACUCUUCUCAGGUUGGUCUGAUUAAAGAUUACCGUCAGAAGAUCGAGGCAGAACUUGCCAAGAUUUGCGAGGAUAUUCUCGAAGUUCUCAACAAACAUCUGAUUCCAUCUGCAAAAAGUGGAGAGUCCAAGGUUUUUUAUCACAAAAUGAAGGGAGAUUACCACCGUUAUCUUGCAGAAUUUGCUGUUGGUGAUAAGAGGAAAGAAUCUGCUGAUAUGUCCCUUGAGGCAUACAAAAAUGCGACCGAAGUUGCCCAGACUGAUCUCGCACCGACUCACCCUAUUCGUCUCGGACUAGCCCUUAACUUUUCAGUAUUUUAUUAUGAAAUCCUCAAUUCUCCUGACCAAGCCUGCCAUCUCGCCAAGCAGGCAUUUGAUGAUGCAAUUGCAGAGCUUGAUACCCUCAGCGAAGAAAGUUACAAGGACUCCACUCUCAUAAUGCAACUCUUGAGAGACAACCUGACUCUCUGGACUUCAUCGGAGGCCGAAUCAGCUACCGCUGACCAGGCAGCCACCACAAAUGUUCCUGACUUGAAGGAAAGCGAAGCUGUAACCAAAGAAACAGCAACUGAAGCAUCUGCAGAGUAG